AUGUCAAAAUUCUAAAUCAAUCUCAGUGGAUUUUUAAGAAGUGUUUAACCCUCUGUGAAAAAAAAACAAAAAACUGAAGAUAUCCCAGGGGCACGUAAGAGGAGAUUUGGAGCCCCCUGCCCCAAUCUGGAUGCAAGCUUAUGGCGCAAACAUUCUGAUGUUUAACUGACUGAAGACUUUUCACCUGAUGGCGUCCCGCCAGUGUCCUCCUUCUCUCUUCAACUCAAUGAAUGCUCCUGUGAACAAUUAUGUAGAACACUGUUACCUAAGGACGCCAAACAUGAUGUCUGAAGGCAUGAAUGAGAUGCCAUACUGUCAUCAGAACAAUCUCAUGGCCAGCCAUCAUGGUUUUGGAAUGGCACAACCAAAUGAGCACAUGACUGGAGGGGAUGGCUCCCGUUUCUCCACUCCUCGAAGUUCUAUGAAACUGAGCAAAAAGAGGGCAAUGUCUAUCUCCCCACUAUCAGAUGCCAGCAUUGAUCUGCAAACAAUGAUACGGACAUCUCCCAACUCCCUGGUGGCAUUCAUCAACUCCCGCUGCUCUUCAGCCAAUGGUUCUUAUGGCCAUUUGUCCAUAGGAACCAUCAGUCCUUCUCUUGGAUAUCAAAAUUGCCUUAACCACCAGAAACCGCAAGCUGCAGCUUACGGCAGUAAUACUUUGAUGCCUUAUAAUUCCCAUGAGCAUAUGUCCUGCCGAGGGAUGGGUGUGAUACCAUCCCGAAACUCCAUCAAGCACUGCCAGUUAAAGUCUGAGCCACUAUCCAGCACAAAUAUGGAUCCUCUAAUCAGCAAACGAUUGGAGGAUGGAUCUGAAGGAGAUAUUUCGAGCCCUGCAUCUACUGGGACACAGGAUCCAUUGCUGGGGUUGCUGGAUGGACGCGAUGAUUUAGAAAAAGAUGACGGGAAACAUGAACCAGAAACUGUGUACGAAACCAACUGUCACUGGGAAAGCUGCACAAAGGAGUUUGACACCCAGGAGCAUCUUGUCCAUCACAUAAACAAUGAACAUAUACAUGGCGAGAAGAAGGAGUUUGUAUGUCAUUGGCAGGAUUGCUCGCGGGAGCUGAGACCGUUUAAAGCCCAAUACAUGCUUGUCGUUCAUAUGAGAAGACACACCGGAGAGAAACCCCAUAAGUGCACAUUUGAGGGAUGCAACAAAGCCUACUCUCGAUUGGAGAACUUGAAAACUCACUUGAGGUCUCACACUGGGGAGAAACCAUAUGUCUGUGAGCAUGAGGGUUGCAAUAAGGCUUUCUCUAAUGCCUCAGACCGAGCUAAGCACCAGAACCGCACUCAUUCCAAUGAGAAACCAUAUGUGUGCAAGAUCCCUGGAUGCACCAAGCGGUACACAGAUCCAAGCUCUCUCAGGAAGCAUGUAAAGACUGUGCACGGGCCCGAGGCGCAUAUCACCAAGAAGCACCGUGGAGAUGGCAUGCCCAGAAGUAAUGUCAUGCAUGAGGGAGCUAGUGUUCAGGGUAUUAAAGGUGACAUUCAGCAGGACUUAGAAACCGGUUCCUCACGAGAGGCACGUAAAGAGGAAGGACGACUGACUGUUCCAGACUUAGCUCUGAAGUCCCAGCCCAGUCCUGGUGGACAGUCAUCUUGCAGCAGUGAAAGGUCUCCACUGGGAAGUACCAACAACAAUGAUAGUGGAGUAGAAAUGAAUGCCAAUACGGGUGGAAGCUUUGAGGAUCUCUCAAACCUUGAGGACAUCCCCUCAGUUGAAUCCAUGGGUACUGCAGGAGCUUCUGCUCUAAGAAAGCUGGAAAAUCUCAGGAUUGACAAGCUUAACCAGCUACGCAAAGCUCCAUCUUCUGGAAAAACAGUUAAACUCCCUUCUAUACAUAACUCUGGUCAUCAGAAUGAACUGGCAAACAUGUGUGGUCCACUUGGAAUGACCCAUUCCCACCACACUAUGGAAUUGUCUGCAAGUGAGCAUAUUAACCAGCUUAAUGAUCGACGGAACAGUACCACCAGCACAAUGAGCUCAGCCUACACAGUGAGUCGGAGAUCUUCAGUUGUUUCACCUUACCUUUCCAACCAAAGGCCUGGUGAUGUUGGGAGCAUAGCAGAAUCAUAUGACCAAAGUUCUUCAGAAAAUACUAGGCAUUCCGGUGAAGCUGUACGUGCAACUGGACUCCCUGGCCUAACUCCAGCACAGCAUUACAGAUUAAAGGCUAAAUAUGCUGCAGCAACUGGCGGUCCACCACCCACACCUCUUCCCAACAUGGAGAGAAUGAGUGGAAACAAUAGGAUGGCAUUCAUUGGCAAUGAUUACAGAGGGUCUUCCAUCUCUUCUAUGUUAGCAAACAAUGGUCAGAGAAGACAUAGUAGUAAUGAAUAUCACAGUUAUGGUACUGGCAUAAUGCACCCUGCUCAGGCACCAGGUGCUGGCAUAAGAAGAGCUAGUGAUCCUGUAAGAACUGGGGGAGAAACUCAAGUGGGGCCUAAAGUUCAACGCUUCAAGAGUAUGUCAAGUAUGAACACGUCAAUGUUAGGAAGACAGAAUGUUGGCUUGCAGCAAGCAUAUGGAGGUUCUGAUGCCAGCUUACAGAGGAAUAUGUAUUUCCCUCGACCUCCAAGCAUUAGUGAAAAUGUUUUCAUGGAAACUAGUGGCACAGAUGGAGCUUCUCACUGCAAAGAGCAUAAUAUGAUGAUUUCUAAUGAGGUUCAGCAAUAUGUAAACUACCAAGGUCCAGGAUCUCAAGUUGUUGCUCCUGGUAACCAGAUGAAUUUCAACCCCCAGCUUCAAAGUGUAGAUAUGCAAAACCAAAAUGUCUAUGCCAACUCCACCAGAGCUAUGGGCAGUACACACUUAAAUCCAGAUAACCAUGCAGUGCAGAGUAGUGUUUUAGGUAAUAUGGAUUAUAACCAGUGCCAACUUUCAGCUCACAAUCAACCUUUCCAGAACCCCAGGCAAUUGACCAACAGCUCAAACAUGCCUGUUCAGUGGAAUGAAGUAAGCUCGGGAUCAGUAAAUAUGUCUUCUAGCCAGGGACCAAAUCACCAAAUAAUACAACCAAAUAUGCCAGCUGGAAAUCAGUGUAACAAUCAGUACACUACACCUACAGAGCCAGCCAAGCAAGUUUGCAUUGGAAGCAAUAAUUCAUGUCAGCAAGGGGUCUUUGCUAAUAACCAAAGGUAUAACCAUUUGGGUCAGGUGCAGAUCAAACCAGAACAACAGUUCCAUCACACUAUGCCCUCAGUAAUGUCCUGUCAGAACAUGAAAAAACCCUCAAUGCAGCAGCAUGCUUUUAACCAAUCACAAACAAUGGCUAUAGCUCCUGCAGAUGUCACUUGUGAUUACCAAGGACAGCAUGAUGCCCAGCAGAAUAGUCCCUUCAAUGUUGGUCUUAAUCCCAGCAUGCUUAGUCCCCAGGGUCGUAGGUCUCAGACACCUAUGAUGCAAGUAAAGGAAAUGAUGGUUAGAAACUAUGUCCAGUCUCAACAAGCACUAAUGUGGGAACAACAUCCAAAAAACCUACCAAUGAUAAACAGCACAGGAGAAGACGUGGAUACUGCCCAGAGCCAUCAUAGAAAUACACCUCAUUCCCAGGUAUAUAUGAGUCCCAAGUACGUGAAUUACCAAAGCAAAUCAGUACAAAAUAACCUAAUGAGCCCAAAUUCCCAAGAUGGACAAUCAAUUCAUGCUAAAGUUAUAAGGAGUCCAGGUAGUCAGUGUUAUAAUUUAGAUGUGGUACCACAUCCACCCUGCGGUCCCAAACCUUUGAGCAGGCAGCACAGUAUAUCCAGCCAGUCAACCUACAUGGGAAGUCCACCUCAUCUCAGUCCAUCUUAUUCUUCUGAAUCCAGUCCUAGGAGAUUGGGCUGUCUUCCACCAGUCCACUCUCAACCGGAAACCAAUGACAAUGCUGCCAUGAUGUAUUUCCCAAUGCAAGAAAUGCAUCAUGGGAAGGUAGGAAUGCACAAACUUGCUCCUGAAAUAAAUCACAAUCAAAGCAGUUGCAAUAGACAGCAACAUGGCCAAUACAAUUCCAAUGUAAAUUUCCUAAAGACAGAUGCAAUGCCUUACACAACUCCAUGUCCAGUCUCCAACCCGUUGGACAGUCUGGAUUUGGAAAAUACUCAGAUCGAUUUUGCUGCCAUUAUAGAUGAUACUGACCAUUCUUCAAUAGUACCAAGUAACUUAAGUCCAGGUGGCCUACCAAGCUCUUCUCAGGUUUCCUCGCAUCUGAACACACCUCACAAUCCAGCAGCAAUGGUUCCAAACAUGGCUGUAGGAGAUCUGAACUCCAUGUUGACUUCUUUAAGUGGAGAAAACAAGUUCCUUAACACUAUAUCUUGAGUAAUAUUGAAAUGAACUGAAUGGAACGUCUAUGACAACUGCCCAGGUCAAACUGAUCUUACAUGGUGCAGAGCUUGCCUACAAUUCUUAGUUCUCUUUCAAAAUUCUAAGAUAUAUUAAAUUGUAUGCUUCAAAAGAAAAACAAGAAGUUAAAAGCACACUUGUCUAUUUCUCUAGAAAACUGCUUCAUAGAAUCACUAUAAAUUCUUCACUUUAUUGUGACAUUUUAAAUGCUGACAUUUUUUGCACAUAUUGGUUGAAUUACAACCCUAUUAAUGAUUGACUAGAUAAAUUGAUGUAGAAGCCUUGGGUGACAUAAUUUAGAAAAAAAUAAAUAAAACAACUGAAUGUAGGUUAAUGAUGACCGUAAUUUGGUUAAAUGCUUCAGUAAGACCAUGUAUAACUUUGCAACAGGACACCUCAGUAGAACACAAGGGGACAGUAAUGGUACUGUAAAUACAUUUGUCUUUACAUGAAAUACUUUUAUAGAUUUGCUUUUUAUAUUCCUCAUACUCAAUAUUUCUUAUAUUCCUCAUAUUUAAAAGCUGUAUAGCUACUUACUGUUUUGAAACAAUAGGCAGUUUGUCAUUAACUGUGGCCUUCUGUGAUCAGGAAUGAAAUUCAAUAUGUAGAAAUGCAUCCAGUCCCUCAAAAUAGUGCUAGGUGUAAGCUUACUUAAAUAACAAAUGAAUAACAAUACAUGAAAUAAUAAAUGUGCCUUUCAAUCUAUGUAGCGUACAAUCAGAAAAAUAUGACAUAUUAGUCUUGCCCGGAAUUGUCGAUUGGUAAAAGAUAAACUAAACCCAUCCUUGGUGGUGAAAGGACUUAAUACCUAAUGAUUUUUGGAAUGUCUACAGUAAAUGCUGAUUUCAAUGCAUAUUUUGUAUGUGAUUAAGCUAAUGAUAUAGAACCCAAGAGCUUUCACAAUAGCUCCUACAUUAUGUAACAUUCAUACAUAAAAUAGCUAAAAACAGUAAGAAUACAUCCUGAAUAUAACUAUCUGAAUUAGUAUUUUUUUUUUCUUUCCUAUCCACUUUGCAACUUCCAUUAUCUAUUUUCAUUAUCAUAUAGGUCUUCUUGCAAUAUUAGAUUUACUAUAUUUGAAUCAGGGUGCUUUAUGAUGUAAAGAACGUUUUAUAUUAAGGCAUUACUGUCCUUUUAAGGUUCUAGAUCUUUAUUCCCUCUAUUCACGUUUGCUACAUAAAUUUCACUGAAAAACAUGGGUACGAGAUAGAUUUCUAUCACUAAGUCCUGAACAUUUAAUAUAUAUUGCUUUCAAUCCACGGUACAAAUCAGUUAUUGGAAGUAUGCUGGACUUCCAUAAUUUCAUCCUACUGCUGCCCCGACUAUAAUCUUCCAGCCCUAUAAUUUUUCAAUAAUAUAGUAUCGAAAAGUACCAAAGAACACAUCUUCUACAAAAUGUCACAAUUUUUAGCCUCAAUUAUAUUUAGUUUGUAAUGUUUUAGCUUGACAAAAGAAUAUAAAUAUAUGUAUAAAGUUUAGAACUUAUGACCAGUUCCAGAAUUUGAAAUAUCUUUUGUAUUUGUACUUUACUUACUAAAGAUUGAAAUGAUA